AUGAAUACAACAAUAGAAUCAGUUUCUAUUAAAAAUAUUGUAGCAAAACGAUCAACUGAUGAUAAUUUUGAUACACAAUUAUUAAAUUUCUGUCAAUUAUUUCGUUUGUAUUCAAGUAUAAUCCUUGUCAUUGUUGGUAUGAUUGGUUCUAUGCUUUCAAUAAAAGUUUUUUCCUCGACUAAAAUCCGACGAAAUUCAUCUAAUGAAUAUCUUAUAACAAUGAGCUUUGUUGUUGCACUAUUAUUAUUUAAUUAUUUUUGCGAUGAAGUUCUUCGAUCGAUUGUACGUGUUCAUCAUAUUAAUUUACCAAUAAAUCUUGUUGAUUUCUCGGGACCACUUUGUAAAUGUUCAACUUAUCUUCGUCAUACAUUACGUUUUGCUGCUCAUUGGAUAGUUGUUGCAUUUACAUUAGAACGUCUUAUUGUUGUAUAUUUUCCAUUACAAACAUCUGUCUUAUGCAAUCCACGUAGUGCUAGACGGAUAUGUUUAUUUAUAUUAAUUAUUUCAUUUUUAUUACCAUUUUAUUCAUUUCUUAUGUCCGAUGUUGUUGUUGAUAUCGAAAAUAAUCGCACACCCGAAUGUGAUAUAAUGAAAAAAUAUGAAAGUAUUUAUUUUUAUUUAACAACUAUUUAUGGUAAUUUAACAUUAACAUUUCCGAUAUUAAUUGUUUGUAUUGUUAAUAUAUUAACUGUUCGACAAUUACUUCGAGCAGGACGUUUACGGAAAAAACAACAACAACAACAACAAUUAAGUCAAACAAAAAAAGUUGAUAGUGCAAAUAAUGAAUAUGUAAAUAUGAUUGUUAAAAAUCAAUUAGAAAAUGAUAAAGUAACAUGGAUGCUUGUUGUUAUAUCAAUAACAUUUGGUAUAUUAAAUUUUCCAUAUUUUAUUCUUUGGUUAAUUAUUUCUAUAAUGCGUGUACGUCAUAUAACCACACCAGCAUAUAUGCAUGCAGGAAGAAUGAUUGCAGAAGUAUUUUAUUUAUUAAAUUAUAGUUUAUACUUUUUUCUUUACGUUAUAUCGAGACGAAGUUUUCGUAAAGUUUUAAUUGAAAAAAUGCGUUGGCGUUGUGAUUGGUUUGAACAAUGGCGUUUAUAUGAAAUGCGUCUUGAUGCUGCCGUACAUUCACAACAAAUGCCAAGACAAGAACAUACACGAAAUGGAAAUUCAAAUAUAGACUGUCAUACAUCAUUAACAAAUAUACGUCCUAGUUCAUCACGUCGUUUAUUACCAUUAUCAACAAUGCAAGAUGAACAAUUACUUACAACUACGACGACGACGGCGACGAAUAAUAAUAAUAACAACAUAUCAAGUCAUAUGAUAACAUCUGAAAAAACAAAUGGAGUAUAUCCGUAUGACUAUGGAAAUACUGUUUGA